AUGAGUGGAAGCAGUGGGAAAAAAAAACUUUAUUGUAGUAAGACAAAGAACAUUUUAGAUAGGCACAAGGAAGACCUGAAGAGUAAAUUGGGGGACCUGCGGAACGAUGAAAGUUUAGUAGAUGAUAUUUUACGUGCCUGGUGUUGUGUGUCCGACACUUAUCCUCAGGAUCUACAGACGGGCGGAGGGUGUGAUCUUUUAUAUUAUGUAAUAGGAAGCAUAAUACAUAGAAAAUUAGACGAUAAGGACUCAUUUGAUGGAAUAAUGAAUGCAGUGUAUACAUACUUAGGGUCCAUGCUAAGUGCAGGUAAAUGUAAAGAUAGGGAAAGUAGCAGUGGGAAGGAAUUGUUCGAAUUAAUGGAAAAAUGGUCCCAUUAUACUUUGAUCCCUAUGGAUAUGUGGCAAGAGAAAGUAGAAUCUGGAAGAAUGAGUUGUGGAAGAUGCAGUAAUUAUUUAAGGAAAAUUGCCGAAGUAUGUGAAACAGUGAAAUCACAUUGUAGAGGUUCACACAGUGGUAGUACCGAAUGUAGGGGAAUAACAGAGGAAAAAACACAAGGUAGCCCUGAGUAUUUAUUACAGUUGAUAUAUAACAUAAUUCCUGAACCUCCACCUGCAGAGUCAGGUGGUCCUGGUGCAGAUAAUUAUACGGCACCUUCACCGGAUAGCACCCUCACUGAUACUAUCAACAACAUUUCUUAUGGGUUGUUAGGAACCGCAUCAUUAUUCAUCACCUUCUUUUUCUACAAGUACAUAUCAUUAUUCCCUUCCCCAAGAAGAAAUUCCUCUAAAGGCAGAAGAAGGGGAAGGGGUAGGUUUGUCUCACAUAACUCAGACACAUUCACAGAGAACGAUGGUUCCACGAUCGGCUCCACAUUAGACAACUCAAUGGAAUAUUCUACGGAUACUUCCACAAUAGGUCCAACAGAAUAUUCUAUACCAUACAUCUCUCAGAAUAAAUUAAGGAAUAAUAGUGGGAAGAACACACAAUAG